AUGCACAAUGCAGCGUCACACGCAAAAGGACUGAAGGGCCAAGAUGAGGAGGUUACCAAACAGAUCCGCUACCUUGCACAGGGAGCAGACUCACCUAUUGAUGUGAGCAAUGUGCUGCAGGAGGCUCUUGGCCUUCUCUCGGAGUUCCCGACAUUUGUACCAAAGCUUCUCGGCCUUCAGCUUCCUAGAAGAGCAGCAAAACAGACAGUCAUCGGGCUAAUUGGCUCGGUAGACUAUUAUAUUGGAACGCAGGUGCAUCAGUUGGCACUCACUGUCAUAUUUUCAUCUCUGGCUGAUCCCAGACGCCACUUUCAGCUCGUCUGCCCUCAGCAAUCCCUGCCCUUCCACCUUACAGAUAGCACUGGGCGUGUAGUAUUAGAUACAUGCCCUCAUACGAAUCUCCUAAAGACUGUGCGGUGGUUUAUCUCUGUCGUAGAGAGGCUUUUGGCCACAAAUACAUCUGUGGUACCGUCCCAGAUGAACACAGAGGAUAUCUGGGCAGCUACGGAAGGUUAUCGCGAACUAUGUCUUAUCGCAAAUCAGCAAUACAACGCGCUGACGGCUGACCUGGGCGAAAAGCAACGCACAGUUGUAGAGGAGGUUGGCAGCAGCCGCCGUCGAGGUAGCAUCCUUGCAUCAACGGCCACUAGGCUGGCGAAGGAUAUGAGCGUGGCCCUGGAAAUGCUUUCAGACUAUCAUAAUAAGCAUGACGCAGAUGAAAUAGCAACGAACUGCCACGCUUCUGCUGGUAUUCCUCAGCCUGUGCAAUCCAAUAAGACUCGGGAGUCAACUUUGCGGGCAUCAGAAACAACCAGACUCUUAGCCAAUCUUUCAGCUGUCGAUAGCACAAUUUCGGACAUAAUAAGUAUCCCACCGGACCAAGAGAUCCCGGCAGUCACUCCUACAAUGCUCCGCAGCGUCCGUAAUACACUAGGUGACCUCACGGAAACGUCACUAAACCUUCGGUACGCGAUUUACUCAAUGAGCCAGAAUACGCCCGAUAACCAAGGCGUCACUUAA